AUGUUCUAUAACAUCGCAGGAAAGAAAGUUAGUAAACGUGAAAGAUCAUGGAAAGAAACGAGAAAACAAGUCUACUUGAUAGAAUAUUUUCUUGGUCCAUCAAAGAUAUUCUCAACAAAGAUCUCUACAAGCAAAAGAUAAAGACUAUACCAGACAAGUUUAGUUCCGUUAAUGAAUACUUGAAGUGUUUUGUUCCUCAUCUACUCGAGGAAACGCGAACCGAGUUGUCCUCAAGCUUCAAAUCUUUAUCGAAAGCUCCUCUCUUUGAAAUAAGUUCCUUGGAGACAAGGACAAAGGAAUCAAGUGGAAGCUCAUUAAACAAGUUGUUCUACGAUAUAACAAUUAAGGAUGCAUUGAGUAUUAGUGAAAAGUAUCAGCCACAAUGUGGUGAUCUUAUUGCUCUGGCAAAGGAAAGGCCAAGACGAAUCGAUGACUUGAAUCCUUUACUUCUUGCCUCUAUUAAUUCUGUUGAUACUUAUCCUAAUAUCUCUGUUAUUUUGUCAAGACUAAUAUCCCAUGAUGAGAAAAAGUCACUUGGUUUCUGUGUUUCUCUUAUGAAUUCAACUACAAACAAUCGUAUAUGGAAUGCUUUGCACCAUGAAGCUCCCAACUUUGAUCUCAUCCAGAGUGUUCUUCAGCCAAAUACAGCGGGUAUGGAGCAAAUUUUUUCUUCUCGAACAUGGGGACAAAACGUUUUGGAUAUAAUCUAUUCAGCGAAAUUGAACUCUUCACAAGAAACUGCAAUCUUGAGCUGCCUUGAGACAAGACAUAGUAAUCACAAGAACAGUGUGAAACUGAUAUGGGGACCUCCUGGUACUGGCAAAACAAAGACGGUCGCGACUCUUCUCCUUGUCCUUCUAAAGCUAAGGUGCAAAACAGUUGUGUGCGCUCCUACAAACACAGCUAUUGUAGAAGUAACAUCAAGGCUAUUGGAUUUAUGGAAGAAAUCUUCAGAACAUGCCACUUAUGGGUUGGGGAAUAUUGUUUUAGCUGGAAACCACAAAAGAAUGGGGAUCAAAAAGAAUGAUUAUCUUCGUGAUGUCUUUCUUGAUCAUCGCGUCAGUAAACUUCGUAAACUGUUAUCACCAUCUUUUGGAUGGAAGCAGAGUUUGGAGUCAAUCAUAGAUCUUCUUGAGAACACAGAGACUAAGUACGAGCAAUAUGUUCGUAAAUUAAAAGAAGUUGAAAGGAAGAAGAAAGAAGCUGAAAAGAAGAAGAAAGAAGCUGAAGAGAAGAAGAAGAAGCAAGAUGUUUUAAACAUUCCUACAUUUGUAGAGUUUGUUAAGAAGAUGUUUAAUGGCUUAAGUGAACAAUUGGAGAGAGAUAUGGUUGAUUUGUACACACAUCUGCCCCAUUCUGUUAUUUCAUCUAAAGAUGUGAAGAAAAUGAUCGCAGCCCGUGAAGCUAUUCAGCGUGCCAGAUAUUUUUUGCAGGAGAAUUCUUCUAGAUUUGAAUCCAAGAAAGGUAGUUUCAAAAGACUUAUCCAUGUUGAUUGCUGCAUUCAGGCUCUACUUUUGCUUCCCAAGAGUUUUAAUAUGACUCCAGAAUUUUUGAAGAGCGAGGAUACAAGGAACUUUUGCCUGCAAAAAGCAGACAUAAUCAUAUGUACAGCCUCAGGUGCUGCAGAAAUGAAUGUGGAAAGGACAGGAAAUGUAGAACUUCUAGUGGUUGACGAGGCGGCUCAGCUUAAAGAAUGUGAAUCAGUUGCUGCAUUACAACUUCAGGGACUGCGUCAUGCCAUUCUAAUAGGAGAUGAGUUGCAGUUACCUGCAAUGGUUCAUAACGAUGAAUGUGAAAAGGCGAAAUUCGGAAGAAGCUUGUUUGAGAGAUUGGUUCUGCUUGGUCAUAACAAACAUUUGCUUGAUGUUCAAUAUCGAAUGCAUCCUUUGAUUAGUCGUUUCCCUAACAAGGAGUUUUAUGGUGGGAGAAUCACAGAUGCUGCUAAUGUUCAAGAAAGUAUUUAUCAAAAGAAUUUUCUUCAAGGAAACAUGUUUGGUUCUUUCUCUUUUAUCAAUGUUAAACGUGGAAAACAAGAGUUUGGUGAUGGACAUAGUCCCAAGAACAUGGUUGAAGUUGCUGUGGUUUCUGAAAUCAUAUCCAAUCUUUUCAAAGUUUCAAGUGAAAGAAGGAUGAAGAUGAGUGUUGGAGUGAUUACACCUUAUAAAGGACAAGUCAGAGCAAUCCAAGAGAGAAUCAAAGAUAAGUACAGUUCCUUAUCAGGUGAACUUUUCACUUUGAAUGUUCGGUCGGUAGAUGGGUUUCAAGGUGGUGAAGAAGAUGUUAUCAUCAUCUCCACCGUUAGAAGUAACGGUAACGGGAAGGUUGGAUUUCUCAGUAACCGUCAAAGAGCCAACGUAGCACUGACUCGAGCAAGGCACUGUUUAUGGGUGAUUGGAAAUGCGACAACACUGGCUCGGAGUGGUUCAAUUUGGGCAAAACUUAUAAGGGACUCGAAGAGACGUAAAUGCUUCUAUGAUGCUAAAGAUGAUAAGAGACUUAGAGAUGCCAUGAAUGAUGCUGUGCCCAAGGUUGACAAGUCUGAUGUGUGUGCACGUUUAAGUACUCUUUGGAUCAAAAAGAAAGGAAGAAAAUGAAUUAUUGGUACAUCUAUGUCAUUCUUCAAUCUAAGUUUUUUCAGACAUUCUUCUUGUUUUUCAUGUUCAAUGUCAUUGCAUUUAUGGUAACAUUUGUGCUUAAUGGUUUGUGUUUUAAAGCUUUGGCUGGUUUGGUUUCACACCUUAUGGUCUCACAAGUGUUGUUAUUCGAGAAGAAGAGAAACAAAAUACUAGAAAAGUUUAGUUACCUUAGACAACUAAUAAAAGUUCUUAUGUUUA